AUAUAUGAGAGGUAGUGCAAGAUUAAUAUUCUAAUAAUGUCGUCAUCGAGAACGGUCCACGUCCUCUCCGUGCUUUUCCUCUGCGCUGUCACGUUCCAAGCCUCAUCAGAAGCUGAAUCAUGGCUCAGAAUCGGUUACUGGUACAGCGGAAGCGAGUUUCCCAUAUCCGAAAUCAACUCGGCCCUCUACACUCACCUCAUAUGCGCCUUCGCCGACGUGAACGCUUCCUCCUUCGAAAUAAGCCUCUCCUCCUCAAACCAGCAACGCUUCUCGACGUUCACGAACACCGUCAAACUCAAAAACCCUUCCAUCACCACUCUUCUCUCCACCGGGGGAGACCAAAACAGCGCCACCAUCCAAUCCAUGCUCACCAACGCUUCUUCAAGGAAUCCCUUCAUUCAAUCCUCGAUAGCAAUGGCCAGGCUUUACGGAUUCCACGGCCUCGACCUUUCCUGGUCCACCAUUGAAACAUCCUCCGACGCAGACAACCUAGGACAACUUUUCCACGAGUGGCGUCUUGCUGCCAAAUCCGAAGCCAAUAACUCUACGCUUCCGGAACUCUUCCUAACCGCUGCAGUUCAAGCUUCACCAGAUUUGAACUACGGGUCCUACCCUGUAGACCGGAUGAGAAGUAACUUGGAUUGGGUACAUGUUAACGCAUACUCUUACCAUACACCCUCGACGCAAAACUUCACUGCUGCACCUUCGGCUUUGUAUGACCCUCAUAAUACUUAUAUCAACACGGACUAUUACAUCAAGGCGUGGAUUGGGAAGGGGUUGGAGGCUAACAAGUUGGUUUUGGGUUUGCCUUUCUUUGGAUUUGCGUGGAAACUCCAAAACCCCGAUAACGACAAAAUAGGUGCACUGGCAACGGGUCCAGCAGGUGGCGCGGACGAUGGCUCUAUAAGCUACAGGGACAUAAAAAAUAGUGUUCAGCAAAAUGGGGCUCAAGUAGUGUAUAAUGGGACUUAUGUUACCAAUUAUUGCUCCUUUGGAUCAACAUGGAUUGGCUACGACGAUGUUGAGGUUGUUCAAAACAAGGUGUCCUAUGCAAGGGAAAAGGGGCUGCUUGGUUACUACGUUUGGCAAAUUUCCCAUGACGACCAAGAUUGGACACUUGCUCGAGCAGCAGCUGAGCAGGUUGACAACGACAAAGAUGAACGGUGGAAAUUAAUUGUCAUCAUUUUGAGUGUAAUUGCUACCGGUGUCGUGUUAGGUGUGACAAUCUACUUGCGAAGAAAGAGAAUAUUCAAAUCAACUGGGAGGACACUGACUAAACCUUCGCAGUCUAAAGUGAAUGAUAAAGAAGCUGCAGGACCUUUUCAUGGGGAUGCUCCAGAUUUACAAGUGUAUAGAUUUUCUGACAUUGAAGCGGCUACAGAUAAAUUUUCAUAUGAAAAUAAGCUGGGACAAGGUGGUUACGGUCCUGUUUACAAGGGCAUCCUACCUGAUGAUCAGGAAAUAGCCGUAAAGAAAUUAUCAAAAGCUUCUACACAAGGAUUUGAGGAAUUCAAAAAUGAGGUAACACUAACAGCAAGGCUACAACAUGUGAAUCUUGUUCGGUUGUUGGGUUUCUGCAUUGAACGAGGGGAGCAAAUGCUGGUGUAUGAGUACAUGGCUAAUAAGAGCCUCGACUUCUACCUUUUUGACCCUAUUAGAAGAUUUUUGUUAGAUUGGAGUAAGCGCAUUAACAUCAUUGAGGGGAUUACACAAGGCCUUCUUUACCUUCAAGAAUAUUCUAGAUUCACCAUAAUUCAUAGAGACUUAAAAGCUAGUAAUAUUUUAUUAGACCUGGAGAUGAAGCCGAAGAUUUCAGACUUUGGAAUGGCUAGAAUAUUCACCAAAAAUGAACUAGAGGCAAACACUAGCAAGAUUGUGGGAACAUAUGGUUAUAUUCCUCCGGAAUAUGUUAAAGGUGUUUACUCCACUAAAUCUGAUGUGUAUAGUUUUGGUGUCUUACUUCUACAAAUUAUAAGUGGCAAGAAAACCCACCACUUUUAUGGAGAGAACCAAGAUUUAAAGCUUUUGGAAUAUGCAUUUGAGUUAUGGAAAGAAGGAAAGGGUAUGGAGUUCAUGGAUGAUUCACUUGAUGAUACAUGUUCACCGUGUAAACUAAUGAGAUGCAUGCAAAUUGCUUUGUUAUGCGUCCAAGAACAUGCAUGUGAUAGGCCUUCCAUUCUGGAAUUUUCAUCAAUGUUAAGAAAUGAAAAUAUAUCUCUUACCAUUCCCAAAAGGCCAGCAUUUUCAAAAGCGAAAGACGAGGAAGAAGUAAAUGAGUGUAAACCACUAGAAAUUAUUUCAGUCAAUGACGCAACCAUCACUGAAAUGGUGGCCAGAUAGUACAUUAAUUAAUAUUAAUGUACAAGGCUUUAUUACAGUGACAACAGUGUAAUUCCCAAGAUGCGGCUUUAUCUCUGGUAACAUGGAUUUGCAAUUUUCAAACCAUUAAACUUCACCUAGUGAUAUGUAUAUUGUCGUCAUUGUUAUUCUAGUUUGAAUUUAGGAUUGACUACUCAACACUUAUUACUAGAUCCACCUUAUUACAGUGAUAAACUAUAUGAGUUGCACAAAUUACAAUUAAACUACCAUUAUAUUGGAA